AUGACAUGCAGGAAGGAAGGAGCCACACUGGCCAUGCCGAAAACGGAAGAACUGGACGUCGCUCUGAGAGAUCUGGUCAAAACGGAAGGAGGCAACAAGCAACACUGGAUCGGUAUGGAGGAGAAAGACAGAACCUGGUAUUGGGUGGACGGGUCGGUGGUCGGUGACAACGGGUACGAGGGAUGGAAUCCAGGCGAGCCAACUUACUACUAUCGGCCGCCGAGAUGUGGACAGUACUGGUCAGGCCCCACUGGAUACCCCAUGUGGGACGACGAGGGUUGCACCCGUAAGAUGAGGGGGUUCAUCUGUCAGCAUCCUCCAUCCUAA